UACUGCAGCCCAGUAGAGGCGAUCCUAGAUGGGCGCAGGUUGCAGAAGGGAAUCUAGUGAGAACAACACCUUCAUUGCGCUCGAUUCCUUCCGUGGAUCCCACUACUAGGAGACUGGCGAUCCCACACAGAACAGGAAGUGAGGAGGAGGCGUGUGUUUCUCUUCUCUCUCCCCCGUCAGCCUCUGUGGUUUCUAGCAGCCUGUUCCGUUGCACGCUCCCGAGGAAGCCAGGCAAGAAAGCCUGUCGGGCGUCGCGUGGGUGGGAGAGCGGUCCGAUUCGGUUCCCAGAGCAACUAGAAGAAUGUCUUCCAUAAAACUAAAAACAGCAGUAGAAAUGUUACGCAGGCCGCUGCAGCAGGUGUUUUGUCAGUUUGUAAGACACGAAUCAGAGUCAACGAUGCCUUCAGUUCUUGAAAGAUCCCUGAAUCGUAUCCAGUUGCUUGGCCGUGUGGGACAAGAUCCUGUCAUGAGGCAAAUGGAAGGGAAAAAUCCUGUCACGAUUUUCAGCCUGGCAACCAAUGAGAUGUGGCGAACGGGAGACAGUGAAGUAUUCCAAGGAGGUGAUAUCACCCAGAAAACAACCUGGCACAGGAUUUCCGUGUUCAGGCCGGGCUUGAGAGACGUGGCUUAUCAGUAUGUCAAGAAAGGCGCUCGAAUCUAUGUGGAAGGGAAGAUAGACUAUGGAGAAUAUACGGACAAAAACAACGUGAGACGACAAGCCACAACAGUCAUUGCAGAAAACAUCAUUUUCCUGAGCGACCACUUGAAGGAAAAGGAAUGAGGUUGUUGAUUUCUUGGACUUUGGCGCUAGCGAUUUCCUUCUAUUUUUGUAGCAUUUCCUAUUUCUGCAAUCGUGUAUCUUCCUCUGGAUUUUUUGUUUUGUUUUGCUGUAAUUAAAAUAACUUUUUGUACAAGUUAGAGCAAAA